AUGCUUACAUCUUCAAGUCCUAUGCAGGCUUUAUCACCAACAACUUCACUAACAGGUAAAAGUAUGACCUCUGAUGAAAUAGUGGAUAUCACAAACAGCAGGAAACUUCUGCGACCAACAAAUGAAUUCGGAUCAUUAGUGCUGACCCCAAGGAAAAGAGCUUUGGCAAGAAAGAAUAACAACAACAAUAACAAUAAUGAUCCUAUAACUUCAACUCCAGCUUCUUCAAAUGGGAUGGUAUCACCUCCACUAUCAUCUCAGAAAUCAAUUGAAACUCUCAACUCUCCACAAAAGGCAUUAGAAGACCCUAUAAAGAUUAACUCAGUUCAUGAAGAAGAAACAUUUGAUCCAGAAGAACGUAUAACUUUAUUCCAUUUCUUCAAGGCAAAUAUUUACUCAUUUGAAGAAAUGGAUAAUAUGGAAGAGAAACAAGGAAGAUUAUUAGGUCAUGGUAAAUUUGAAGUUUAUCAAAUGCAUAUGAAAAAAGUUAGUUAUUUCCAAUGUGGUUCAGUUGUUUAUCCAAUAUUACCAAGAUUGAAAAUAUUGAAAAUUUCGCACAACCAAUUUAUACUACCAUUAUCCAAUCCUGAAAGGUAUUGGAGAAUAGUGAUAGAAACAAAUGAUUCUUUGAUUAUCAAAGAAUUGGAGGAAGUUUACAAAAAAAUAUGUCAUUUUAGAAAUCUUUAUAUUCAAUCAACUUCUGAAUUACCAAUAACAAAGACAUUACCUCCACCGAUUACCACAUUACCAACUUCAAAAUCACAAGCUUCCCUUUCAUCAAUAACAACAGCAGUAGCAUGUUUUGCAUUAGAAUCUGAUUCAAGUACUUUUGUUGAACAAAUAUCUACAGAAUCAACACCUUUACCAACCCAAGAUGAAGAGGAAACUGAUGAAGUAGAAUCAGUUGUAUCCUCACUAGAUUCUGCCCUGGAAGAUCUAACAGAGGAUCCAAAACAUUUCAUCCAACAAGAACAAUUAGAAACAUCACGAUACUUCACACCAAGUUCAUCAGUACAACAUACAACAUUAAUUGAUGAAUCAAGGGAUACAAUUUUAUUAUCACCAACCUUCCAACAUGAAUCAUCACGAAUCUUACCAAAAUCAAGAUCUUCACGCUCUGCUUCGUUAUACAUUGCAGAAUCAAGUUGGAUGGAUCCUACAGAUGAUUUGAUAACUUCAUCACCAGGAACUGAUCGUUAUAUCAAAUUGAAUUUGAAUCCAAACCCAAGGUUUUUAAAUAAGAAGAAGGAGAAAAACCUACAAAAAAGAAUAGUUACAGAUUCUGUAUUAACAAACAAGAGUCAUAGGUAUUCUUCUUAUGAUGUUUAUAAUAUGUUGUGUGAUGAAGACCUUGAUCAUCAGGAAAAAGAUGCUGGGUUUACUGGGUUUUUAAAAUCGUUUUGGGCAUGA